UUCUCCUUCGUGCAGGAACCAUUGACUUUCUCGGCGUCAAUAAUUACUUUGGGCAGACAAUCGCGGCUGCGAAACGACCGGAGCGAGGAAGCGCUCUGACCGACGCGGCGGUGCGAGUGGUUGCCAACGACGUGUUUGGCUCUCAUGCUGUCACUGCAUUUUCUCAGAUGACACCCUGGAGUUUGAAGGAGGCGGCGCUGUGGUGUUGGGCGGAGUACCGCGUCCCCAUAUUCGUGACGGAGAACGGUUUCAUCACAGAGAACAGCGUCGUAUCCCUUGACGACAACAUCCGCGCUGUUUACCAUAGUGCCUACAUGCGGGAGCUAGUUCGAGGCAUCGAAGAAGAUGGCGUGCGUGUUCUCGGCUACUUGGCGUGGAGCCUCAUAGAUCUUUUCGAGUGGGUUCGUCAGUACAAAUAUUCGUACGGUUUGGUGCACGUGGACUACGCCGGCGGAUCGCUGAACCGAACGCUCAAGAAGUCCUCGGCGUUCUUCAAGGAGGUUGGGGAGACGAGGACCAUUCCCGAAGUGGCUGCCAGCUCGGCGCGUUUCUCGUCUUCGCUGCUGUCCGUCUUCGCCGGCCUCAUUUUACUGAAAUGCCUUUAACAGCACCAUUUACGUUCACCCGUCAAACUUUAUCGCAUCUGUUUCUGAAUCGUUUCUCAUUAAAUCUAGUUUUUAUAAAACUUAAA